GUUACUACAUAGAAGUGAUUUACCCGGCCCGGACACCACCAGCCUCCUCCUCACUGCCGCCGCAACUUAAAUCAAUCGUAAGUCCGGGCAUCAUUCAACGAAACAAAUCUAUCACCCAACCGACUUGAGCUUCAUCGCACGUACAACGCAACACAACAGCAGCGAUGGAUAACCUCUCUAACAUCUUCCGCAUCGUCAACAUGGGCGUGGGCGUGAUUAUGGUUCUCGGCGGUAUCAGCCAGUUCUUCCCCAUCUCUUUACAGAGCGUCAUAGUCGGCUGCUACGUUAUGCUCUUCGGCGUUGGAACCGCCCUCCUCGAGAUCCAGGUCCCGCCAACACAAGUCUCCCGCUACGCUUCAUUUAUGUUUUCGUUCCUCGGCCGCGGAAUUUUCUACAUUUUCAUCGGCUCGAUCCUGAUCCACGAUGGAUGGUUGCGUGUGAUUGCCGGCUCGAUCAUUGGGCUCGUCGGUGUUGCCUACGCGGCAUUGGAAUUCGUGCCCUCCAUCGAGCCGCCACAGAGCAUGCGCGAUUCGCAGUGGGACGGUGAGCAGGUUUAAGCUCGCUAGGUAGUGGCCAGUAGUUGCGGCAGAAGUUACGUUUUGGUGGGCGCGGAUGUGUUUGUGUGUGUGUGUGGGGCGGAGUUAAUGCUUAUGCGUAACGUUGAUGGCAUAUGUUGCUCUUUUUUUCCUUUUCUUAUUGGGGCGCGAAGGGCUUAGGGGAGGCGAGGCGAGCGGAGGGGAUGGGGGUGGCAUCUGUAUUGAUACCGAGUGAUGUCGACUUUAGGUGAAGUGGGAAUAAGUGGAUAAUUGAGUGCAUCGGAUACAUAGCCGCGCGGCGGGGAGGUGCUGGCGGAUGGGACGAAGAUUAAGCAAGUGACCGAUGGUGUCGGCGUGAAGAUGGACCGUGUCUACGUAAAGCCUGCAUAUAAUGGCAGCCUCAAAGCGAAGUACCCACAUGAGAGGGUGGGAACCAAAGUGAUAGCUUCG